AUGUCUGGAACCGAUUACAAGUUUGAAGGCUGGCUCGGCCAUGAUGCCGAGUCCGUCAAGGGCAACAUGAAGUGGGGUGAAUUCGAGCCCAAGAAGUGGAGCGAGGACGACGUCGACAUCAAGGUCUCCCACUGUGGUAUUUGCGGUUCUGACCUUCACACAUUGAAGAGUGGCUGGGGCGAGACACCUUACCCUUGCUGUGUUGGCCACGAAAUUGUCGGCAAGGCCGUAAAGGUCGGAAGCAACGUCAAGCACGUCAAGGUCGGCGACAGAGUCGGUGUCGGCGCCCAAUCCCACAGCUGCGGAAAAUGCGAGGACUGCAAGAAUGGCGAACAGAACCACUGCUUGUACGGCACCAACACAUACGGCGACAAGUACAAGGAUGGCAGCGGCAAGUCUUACGGUGGUUAUGCUACCUACGCUCGUCACCCUGGAAACUUUGUCUUCAAGAUUCCCGAUGGGCUUGAUAGUGCUGAGGCUGCUCCUAUGCUUUGUGGUGGUGUCACUGUUUACUCGCCGCUGAAGAACUAUGGUUGUGGACCUGGCAAGAAGGUCGGUAUUGUUGGUGUCGGUGGUCUCGGUCACUUCGGUGUUCUUUUCGCCAAGGCCCUUGGAGCCGACGAGGUUGUCGGUAUCUCUCGCAAGGCAAGCAAGAAGGACGAGGUUCUCAAGCUUGGUGCCGACAGAUACAUCGCUACCGACGACGACAAGGACUGGGCACAAAACAACCGCCGCACUCUUGACUUGAUUGUCAGUACCGUUUCCAGCGGAAAGAUGCCUCUUGAUGGCUACGUCUCCCUGCUGAAGACCAGAGGCACUCUUAUCCAGGUCGGAGCUCCUGACGCUGGAGAGCUUCCCAACAUCAACGCCUUCACUCUGAUCAUGAAUGGUAUCAAGGUCGGCGGUAGCGCUAUUGGUCCCCCUGACGAGAUCAACGAGAUGUUGAAGUUGGCAGCUGACCAGAAGAUCCACCCUUGGAUUGAGAAGCGCUCCAUGAAGGAAGCCAACAAGGCUAUUGUCGACAUGGAGGCAGGCAAGGCCCGUUACCGUUACGUCCUUUGCAACGACGAGUAA